AUGGUCACAACUCGCAGCAGCAAAAGCGAAUAUUCUGGUACUCCGGAGGCAAGACGAGGUAGGGGCAAGAGCACUGGAGGAAGUAGCAGGAAGCCGUCUCCUGCUGUUGUGUCUGUGACUGGCUCUAGCAGGAAAGUCAAGAACAAGGUUGGUUCUCCUGCACCGAGGAAGAAGUCUCUCUUUUCUAAUGACGAAGAUGACUACGAUAACAAGGGCUACAGCAGUGACGAAUUCAACUUCGAAGAGGAGGAAGACGAGCUUGGCGAACAGUCUGACAGCAACCAUUCGGUGUCCACAACGGGAUCUGGAGCCCGCAAGAGACUGCCGAAAAACGUCCUAAAAGCUGUGCUCACUGAUAUCCAGCACGAAGGAGGGAUCGGCGUGUUCCAUCUAGCCUCUCCACAAGCACUCUGCAACAUUCUAGACAAGCGACCUGAGUUGUAUGGCAAUCGAGGAGACAUUACUCGAGUAGCGAUUGGAAAGAAGGUUAUCAAGUGGAGAAAGAAGUUUCACGAAUCCAAGGAAAGCUGGAACCAACAACUGCGUGAUUUGGGCAUCACUGAGAAGGUGAAGCCUGUUGCUGCAAGAGGAGCGGCUGACAAGCCUGCCGCUGCAAAAGAGACAAAGAACGUUGGUUCGAAGACCUCAGUCCCUAUAAAGACUGUUGACGUUCCAGCUGUGGUGCAUGGCAGUGAGGAUCCCCCAUCGCCACUAUCUACCAAAUCUACUCUGUCAUCAUCAAAGACUCUCGAUUACAUUAUGAGUGAUCAGUAUCCGAAAGGCGCCAUGGACGAUGAGAAGCCAGAAGGGAAUGGACCCUUUUGGGUCUAUCCUGUGCCAGACAUGGAGUCAGUGGAAGAAGGGCAGGAGACAAAGGGGUUCUUAAUAAUGUGUUCUGUGGAUCAACGCUUUGGUGAGCGGGAUGGAACAGUGCAAUGGAUCAGUGCCAAGGUGGUGGGGUGCAAACAGAUCCAUUUCAGGGUUCCUUCAUUGCCAUUCUUCAUGAUGCCAUUAAGCACGAUCCACCAGGAUGCUGUUUACAAAGCCCUUGACGAACAACUCCCAGAAAGCAUCAUGAAAUCUAUCAAUUACGGUGUUGCAUUCCUUACUCCUUCUACUACGGGUGGCUCUGUGGAUCCCAUGGAAUCUGCUGUGGCUGAGUCUCGCAAGUGGACGACCUAUGUCUUGGACUUUUCAAGGGUGUCUUAUGUCGGGGAACUGAAAGCGUCUCUGGUGUCUAGAGAGGCUGGGACGGAUGAGGUGCUUUCUUUUGAUUAUAUUUUGUUGCCUUGCAAGUGGGAGACGGAUGGCAUGGCCAAAGAAGCAAGCGAGUUGGAAGAAUUCUUGGGCUUCAGGGUGGGUGUUGAGCUUCCCCAGGCGCAAGCUUCGCGCAAGGUCAGGCGACCCCAACAGCCACCGAAGAGUAAAAUGCAGCUGAGAAAGGAAGCCGCACUGGCAAAGAUGAAGCCGUCAUCAUCUGGUCCGUCAUCAUCUGCACUGGAUAUAGAACAGCAAAUGAUAGACGCUAUGAAUGCAGCUGGUGGGACGGACGAUGAAGAGGAAAAAGCGUGGGCACUGGCUCAACCGCUGAGGGACAAGGGCCAAGUCAAUGAAUGGGGAUUCACGGAAAUUGGUUGGGCUCAGGUUGGUGAGCUUCUGAGAGUGGAAGUUUGCCGUGGUGAAAUGAGCAUGGAGGAGCUCUGCACUGAGAUGUGGAGCUAUGCUCACCACAUGGCCAACCAGAAACAUAAAACGCAGAAGAUGUCACCAGAGGAGAUUGUGGUCAACUACGUCGUGAUCAAGUAA